UGUUAACUGCUAGAACAGUUGAAAGAGUUUUGUUGUAAAUUUAGAUGCAAGAUUGGAGGUAAGUUUUUGUGUGGCUCAGAAUUCUGUUAAUGCCAAUUAAAGUUACAUCAACGUAACCUUGGAAUCAUGUAGCUUCUUCAUAUUUACAUUUUAAAAGAGGAUAAAACAUAUUAAAGAUUAUCCAAUAAAGUCAUGAUACUGUUUGAAAUGAUCAUUGCCUUGUUUAGAUUUAUUACUGUUUGCUUUGUUUUAUUGUUGGAACAACCUAUUUUAUCAACGUAAGGCCAGUAGGUAGAAUAUUACGAGGUUCUGUUGCUAUGGUAAAAGUUUCCAGGCAACCCCCCCAUAUACCUCUCUUUGGCCUCUCUGGGUCAAGGGGGGUCCCGAAGCAGUUUGUGAGAGAGUUUGAAUAUUGUACCACUGAUCCAUUUAAACUAACACGCCUCCCGUCUGUAUAUCUGAAUGCCUCUCUAGGUAUAAGCCGAGGUUUCGCCUUCGUGGAGUUUUAUCACUUGCAAGAUGCUACCCGAUGGAUGGAGACCAAUCAGGUUGCUUCCUAAUCACCAAGUCUAGCUUUUGCUCUGGGGAAUAAUGCAAAUAAAAUAGAAAAAGACUAAAGUUGCUGCCCCAGCAGACUAAAUGGACAGUAUUGGACCAGAGCCCCUGUUUUUGAAGGCAAGGUGUGACCAAAACAUAGAAGAGCCGUUUGAUGGAUACACUGGCUUUUCUCCUAAUUCAUGUUAAUUACAUUACCAGAACUGUUUAAGAGGGAGGAGUUAAACAAUGCAUCAAUUAAUAGGUGUGACUUGAAUUAAUGACUGACUGAAAUGGGAAUUAUGCCACAGGUUUUGUGACAAUUUUAACAUCAUGCUCGCAAAAUUCAUUAAACCUUGAAGAAUUUUGCCAGUGCUAUUAGUUAUUUGAAGCUAAUUCUAGUAGUAUUAGGUCUUACAUCUGGUGCUAUAAUUAACCGACCCAUUUUCUCUGAGAAAUUUGGAAUAGUAUGGGAAAAUGGUUCUUUUCUGCAGAGAAGCCACUUUUACUAUGUGGUAAGCAUAUGCUUUGUCUUGAAUGCCCCAAAGUCCCCCAACCACCCCCCACCCCAAUUAAGAAAGGACUACUUUUUUACACACUGUUCCGGCCCCAUCCGGACACUCGGGUCCCAAACACACACAUCUGACACAUGCUUACAUGUUAAUCCCUCCUGGGGGACCCUCACCCUAAACCCUCAUGGCUAAUGUGGUUAUUCUUGGGCUGAGAUCAAAGCUGCAUAAGAAAAGAAAUAACCAAACCCUGUCUUCCUCUUGCAGAAAAUGCUGACGAUUCAGGGAAGAACUGUUGCCAUGCACUACAGCAACAACCGUCACAAGUUUGAGGACUGGCUGUGCAACUCGUGUGGCCUGUACAAUUUCCGGAGGAGGCUGAAGUGCUUCAGGUGUGGCGCAGCUAAAGCUGAUUCGGAGUCUAGCAGCACCACAGGUGGCACAGAGACUCAAUCCAGUGGCGAUUACUAUGGCGACACCAUCAUUUUGAGGAAUAUCGCCCCUCACUCCACCGUUGAAGCCAUCCUUGCUGCACUCGCCCCUUAUGCCAACCUCUCACCCGGCAACAUCCGCCUCAUUAAAGACAAACAGACCGGACAAAACAGAGGGUUUGCAUUCGUCCAGCUGGCCUCUCCUUUGGAAGCAUCACAGCUCUUAACUAUCCUACAAGGUUUACAGCCCCCUCUCAAACUUGAUGGAAAGACCGUUGGUGUUGACUACGCCAAGAGUGCUCGCAAGGAUUUGUUAUUGCCUGAUGGAAACCGCAUUAGUGCCUUUUCGGUUGCCAGCACGGCUAUCGCAGCUGCCCAAUGGUCCUCUAGUCAGCCUCUGCAGAGUGUGGAGCCUACAUCAGAAUACAGCUAUCUACAAGAGGGAUAUAUGCCCUAUUCACAGGAAUACCAAUACUAUCAACAGUCUGGAGCCAUGGACCCUUCCCAGGCUAACGGCAUACUUGGAGGUAACGUUUCAAGAAGGGUAAAUUCAGCUGCUCCAGGAGUGAAGAUUCUGCCCACUGCUACAGGAGUUGUAAUUUCUCAGGGUGCACAGGUCUAUCAGCCACAUAUGUUCAGCCAGCUGGCCACUCAGACGUUACAAGCUGUGCAGAUUGAUGGCAAAGCCCAGCCUAUUCUAUCUGCUGGCAUUAAUUCCGUCCUGACAACCUCUGCAGUUGCAACAACAGCCACGGCAACCACCACAGCAAUGGCUACCUCUCAGGAAAACCAAGCCAAUGCUCCAGACACGUCAUCUUACCAGUAUGAUGAAUCUUCUGGGUACUAUUAUGACCCAAGUACCGGACUGUACUAUGAUCCAAACACACACUACUACUACAAUUCUCAGACGCAGCAGUAUCUUUACUGGGAUGGAGAGAAGCAGGCUUAUGUGCCCGCGGCUGACACCAGCAGCUCAGCUGCCUCUACGUCUACUCAGAAAGACAGCAAAGAGAAGAAGGAAAAACCCAAGAGCAAAACCGCUCAGCAGAUUGCAAAAGACAUGGAGCGCUGGGCCAAGAGUCUGAACAAACAGAAGGACUUCAAGAGCAGCUUCCAGCCCAUCAGUCAGGAGGAGAGGAGAGAGGCGGCGGCAGCUGAUGCAGGCUUUACGCUAUUUGAGAAGAAGCCAGGGGCACUGGAGAGACUUGUAACAGAGGCAUCUAAAGCUACAGAAGAAGAAAGCCCUUUAUCAAAGGUUGGGUUGGUGGCGGCAUACAGCGGUGACAGUGAGCCAGAGGAGUUUGCAGAGGGUGAUGACAGGGAGGACAAGUUGACCGACUGGAAGAAGAUUGCGUGUCUACUAUGCAGGAGACAGUUUCCUAAUCAAGAAGCUCUGAUUCGCCAUCAACAGCUCUCAGAUCUGCAUAAGCAAAACUUGGAGGUCCUUCGAAGAGCCAAACUGAGCGAAUCUGAACUGGAGGAGUUGGAGAGGAAAGAGACCGAGAUGAAGUACAGAGAUCGAGCAGCUGAGAGAAGAGAGAAAUACGGGAUCCCUGAACCCCCAGCACCUAAGAAAAGGAAAUUUGCCCAGCCAACACCAGUAGUAAAUUACGAACAGCCCACAAAAGACGGACUGAACAGUGAUAACAUUGGCAAUAAGAUGCUUCAGGCAAUGGGCUGGAAAGAAGGGAAGGGGCUGGGCAGAAACCAGCAGGGCAUCACAGCACCUAUCGAGGCCCAGUUAAGGAUGAAGGGAGCUGGUUUGGGCACUAAAGGGAGCAGCUAUAACCUCUCCGCUUCGGAUACGUACAAGGACGCCGUAAGGAAAGCCAUGUUUGCACGCUUCACAGAGAUUGAAUAAACAAUUCUGUCAUGUCUGGAUGUUGUGGCCUCUGUGCUUUGAGGAGUGUCAUAUUUAUUUUGAAUUACAAACUCUGUUGUUGAAGGUGAGAAAUAUGAUUGUAGAAAAAUGUGUACAUGUGUACAAAGCCCUUAAAGAAAUGUGAAGAAUGUGCUUUUGAUUUCGGAUUUUUUUCCAAAAUAGUUUAAAUUGAACUGUAAAGUUUGUAUUAUAUAAAUCUCAUUGUUGUACAUAUGAAAAUAAAUGAGAGAACCUCAA